UUCAAGUUCAUGUUGUGGGACUGUUAAUCUGAAUGGGGAGUAUAACUUGUUGCAAAAAUAUAUCUUUAACAAUAAAAAUAUGACCAAUGAAAUUUCAGAUGCAUGAAUGAACGGGGUUGCUUUAGUCUGUAAGGUAAAGAAAUUUAAAUAGUAGAUGGUUCGUUUAUGUUGGCGUAGAACAAAGACAGUAAACCAGAAAAAAUACCCGCUGUGUCUCAAGUGAAUAAAGUUUUCCUUGCACACCUCUGAACAUCACCACUUGUUUGACAAAAACUGAGAACAGUUUGUUUAACUCGCUGUCGCUCCCUAACUUCAGACCUUAGCUGUGUCCCAUUUAAGGUAGUGUUCAUUCAGCUGCUAGUUUAGAUUCAGUCUAGGUUUUUGAAUUGAAACGCCCUUUAACUUCCAUCCUCAUCUUCAAUGAUUUAUAGUUUAUCAUUGUUAUGAAAUGUCUCUCAAAGUUGCUCUCUAAUGUUUUUUCAAAUCUCAUUCAAAGAGGAACUUUGGUAUUUCUCAACCUGGGCCCUAUUUUCUAAUGUAUUUGUAUGUGCUUCACUGAUGGGGAGAAGACUUUCUGAAACUGGUCCAGUAUUGCGAUAAGAGUGGAGCAGCUUGCAGACACAAAAUGAGCUAAAAUACAGUUUGACUGGACAAUUGUGCAUCACCAAACUGCAGCCGUGACAAGUGCUUUAUUUGAGUAACACUGCAUAACAACCUCAAAUGCUGCAGCAGAAUGAGCUAACAUAGCAAGGCAGUAACAUAACCCACUACCUAAGUUUAUAUUGGAAGUUACACCUUUUCUUGAUUUUGAUUGGUCAGUGAUGGAGAGGUAGCAUUGACUAGCAUGGUGGUGUUUGAAAAGUUGAACCACUUUCAACAGGAUGCAGACUCUUGAAAACACUGAACCACUGGAGUUUUGCAGAGAAUCUUUUCUAUUCCUUUAAAUUCUUUAUAAUAGAAAACACCACCCUGAGAUUGAUAUAAUCUGCAUUUAUUUCUCUUAAGCUCUCUUUCCUCAAUUUAAGAUCUAACAAAUGCACACAAACAAGCAUGCACGUGCUCACAUAUGCACAUGCACACAAACUUUGUCUCCGGCGUCUCGCCUGCUGUUCCCUCUCAUCCCCACGAGAAUGGUAAAUAGUCAUCUGUAACUUCCCCUCCAACAUAUUCAUUAAUCCCUUCUAUCCUGUGGGGCUGGAUGAUGAUUACAGGGAAGCCAAGUGAAGCCGCCCAAAUAAACACCCCUCAGGCAGCAACAAAGGCCUGUCCACCUCACCCUAAACACAGCUUCCCAAAGCUAGAUCAGGUUUCAAUCAAGCCCACGCACAACAUGCAAACAAUAGGAAGUAACAGAGUCUUAAGCGGUGAAAGACCGGGCUGUGGCAGAAACCAAUUCAGUUCUCCAUUUUUGUCGGUAAGAUGUUAGUGAUUGGUGCAAAUUUACUAUUAGUCUUAAGACUAAUGGGUCUGAGUUUGAAAGAGCAAAAUGAAGUUACAGACUCUGUUACCCUUUUGUACAUGUAAAGCAUACUGUAGUGAGGCUGUUAAAUGAUUAUGAUAAAGUAUAUCUAAAGUGCUACUUCAGUACUGUACACUUUACAGUGCCACAGCGUUAGUUUCUGUUCUUUAUGAGCAUUAGUGUAGAAGACAACACAUUUCCCCUUUGAAACACACUCCUAUGUUGGUUUCCCAUGCUCACAUACUUCAAAUUCUACAGAUUUGCAGAACUUAUACUAUGCCAUAGAUGUGUUUCUGUCAAGGGCUAUGCAGCCAUAAUGACCUUCCAUCUGAACCAACAUCUUUGUGCACGGUCACAAGACUGACUCUCCAAGCUUGACACACAUUACUCAUCUAGUUAUCCACAUCCAUCUCUCCUCUCAGACAUUCCUGAAAAAAAAAAUCUUGGUAAAGAAGAAACCUGUUUGUGCUGCUUAAAUAUCUGAGUAUGAUUUAGAAAUAUAACAAAUGUUCUCAAGGUUUACACUGCUGCAUAUAUACAGAGUAAGAAAGAGAGGCUGAGUAAGAAGGAGAGUACACAGCACAUAGUCAAACAUGCCUAAAGGCCCUCACACUUCCUUCCCCUCUAGCCGCUACACCUUUUUUGCUCACCACCCUGCAAUUAGCGUGCCUAAAAGUUGCAGGCUUCCGAGGCCAGGCCCACACUAAUCAUAGGUAUGCAUUGUUGUGUUCAGCUGCCAGGUCUUUAAAAAUCAGCACCUCUUGUGUAAGCCACACCUCUUGCCUGGGUUGUGAUGAGUGCAGAUCUGUUCUCGGGGAUGUCCCAUAGACAAACUGAAACCUAACAGGUGUGUGCUUUUGAGAAUGCAAAGCAAACAUUGACAAAAAGUGCAUUCACUUUUUUUCUUAAGAGGUAAAUAAUGUAAAAGAAGGACAGUAAGAUAAAAAAUAAGUCAAAGAAUCCUGGGAAUAGGACAUUUAACAAGAGCUGUUAUUAGCCAUCUUCAGUUUUUCAUACUAACUUCCCUGAGGUCCCGGCAGACGAUAUGGCGGCAUCUACACAGACACUGAAUUUCCCCUCUGUGGUUUGUGUACAAAGAGAGGCCUUCACUCCCAAUCUCUUGUGACCAGAGGCUGCUGGGAGCUGGUGAUCACAUCACCUGUGUUCUAAGGAUAUCAUCUGGUUCAAGUAAUUAUUGUGUAAUAGUGGGAACCAGCCUCCCAUGCUGCUUUGACUAAGAGAAGAUUUUUUUCCCCAUUAUUUUCUAUGAGUUACAUUGGCAGUUCUCCAUCCUUGUCCAUAACAAAUUUUCAUUUUUAUUAAGGCUGCCUGUGAAGUGUCUCUUCACAGCCCACCAAAAACCUUAGAUUUACAGGUAUGAACUUAGUUAAAACAUUUACAUCAACGAUACACCUCUACAAGGAAGUGGUGUUUUAAUUCCAAGUCUUAUCAUCACUCAAAUAAAGGCUCUUAAGUUGAAAAGUACAUACCAGGUCACGAGGAGCACAGUUAAACCCAAAACACAUCAGACCCUAAUCUCCAAAUAAUAUCGGCCAUCUUCCUGAGAGUGACUCUUUUACUGGCCUUUCCUGAAUGAAGUUUGUGUUGAGCAAAAAACUCCCUCAUUCUGUGGUUGCUUGUUGGCAAUAUGGGAAUGUCAGCCUGUUUACCAUCUUAAAGACUAUUGAAAUGACCCUGAUUGCACUUAGCAGGGGAAGCCAAAGGAUGCCUGUGCCUGUGUGUUCAUUAAACAUCCUGUUGCCUUGUUUAACUACACUACGGUGUGUUGUGCUCAGUGUGUGAAAACACAGGAAAUGCACUCAGGCUAUCCACAUUUGUGAGAUGAGAAAGAAAGCUGACUUCCUGAACUCUGAAUACUCUAAAGAAUACAGGCAUGCUAGUGGGAAAAUUCAUGGUAGCUGAUUUUUUUUUUCUGCUCUGUUUGAAACAAGGGACACUUUAUUUGGGCUUAUAAGCUUGAUAUUGAUAAUGGUAAUUCAGAUCAAAAAGGAAAUAGUGAAGACAAGCGGUUACAUUUAGUAAAGCGCAGACACAGACUGCUCUGUAGCUUGAUGACCCAAUGUUAGACUCUUUGGAGAAGCAGAUUUGUUUGUGUAACUGAGCUCACAUAACAAUUAUGUCAUGCUUACAUCUGAUUUUAGGUGAGAAAACAAUCACAGGAGACAGUCACCUUUGCUCACGGGAAAGAAGUACACACCAUCAAUAGAAAGUCCAAUCAAAUUUUAACAAAAGUGUACAAAAUGUAUACAGGUCACGUGUAAAUGUCCUGUAGCCAUGGGCUAUCUACUGUAUAUACAGUGAAAGAGAGAAGGAUGUUUUUAUGGCUGCAACAUAAGGCUGUGGCACAAGCUGUAUGAAAGCCAGAGCGAUACAAAGAAACUUCUCACACAACAUGCUGUCACUAUGACAACCAAGCAGAAUCAUUUAGCCUGAUCUCUUGCCAUUCCACACAGCACAGAAAUCCAAUAGCAUUUAAAUCUUACACAACCAGGCCACAUAUUCACUCUGCAGAGGGUUUUUUAAUGACUUUAGCAAGUAAGAUUCAUUUUAGGCAUACAUAGAGGUAUAUGGUAAGUUCUGCAAGGCAGAGAGAUUGGAAAAUGUCUUUGCAAUGUUUAGGGAUGCAAAGUAAGGGUAGCUUUAAUUAUAUGAAUUAAACUUCUGGUGAGCACCUUAGUCUUAUUCCUCUACAUUUAGCCAGUGAAAACUCAAAUUACCUGCCUGUAACUCAAUUUUGACCACAGUUAAUGGUCUAUCAAUGCACAGAGACACACAAUGCCAUUCCAACUAUCUUUUGUCAAAAGGAUUUGUUUCAGAAUUUAUCCUCCUACACUGAAAUGGUUUUGACAGCCAAAUAUUUAAAUCUGCAUUCUGAGCCAAGCAUGAAAUAGCAAAAUAAGUGAAAUUUAUAUGAAUCAAAGUGCUGUCUUGGCACACUACAUAUCAUCUUGAACAGGGUCCGAUUUAAUUCCACGUGCUGCAGCACUCGUCGCUGUGCACAUUAGAAGAAGAAGCUUCCCACAGUCUUACAUUGAGACUUUAAAGAGUGGUGAGUGGGCGGUGGAUCACGGUAAAGCUGCUUAAUGAAAGAAAACAAGUGAAAUUGUUAAUGGUCGAGUCAGUCUGUGUGUGUAUGUCAACCUAAAUCCUUCCUCCAGAUUAUUUUCUACUUUGCGUGCUAUCACACAGACGCUUCCCUCUUGUAUCAAUGCGUGAUUGAAGGGAAACUUCUUUUGGGAAGUGCGGGGACUACUUUAGGUCAACUUUGGAAGAAAACACUCCUCGUGGGCUGUCUUCGCUAACAAAUGGGCGUAAUUUAGUAAAAUACACGUUAUUAACAAAUAAGAGAGGAUUAGUUGCGUUCUGGCUGAGCGUAUGAGAUAGCAAGAGCAUUAUGCUUUUACUACGUCGCGGAAGGAUCUAAUUUUCUCAAGCGAGGGUCGACACAUCCGCCCAGUUUUCCGAUGUUUCAUUCCCCCCGAGUUGAAAAUGGAGUUCGAAUAAAGCAGAUGUCCACCAACUUCAGAGGGAAAUUACAAGUCUGUGUGCAUUUGCUCAACGCGCCUGUGCUCAUAUUGAACGCAUUUGGAGCCCUUUCUUGCUUUUGGAUGCCUUUACUGUAGAUUACUCGGACACGUUGACGAAGCAACGCUCCACAGCGCUUUUUCAAGUGUUGUCCAGGACCUGAAGUUGGCGAAUGGAUGCUCGACAGCCAGCCAUAAAUAACACAGCAAACGCUCCGAUUUACAACAUUUAUUCACGUUUUUGAGGAUUUAUCAGCAUUUUUGUUGCAAACGAAGGAUUUGAUGAAGAAGAUGGUUCCGAUGGCCCAUUUGUUGUGGUCGGAUUUUACUUCCAGGGAGGAUAAAAUGAAUCAACGAUUGUCAUUCCUCCUCGCGAUUUAACGUUAGUUCCAGCCAACAGAGCUAACGUUAAGCUAGCUCCUCUUGGUUUUUCUUUUUUCUUUUUUUUUCUCUUACAAGGGGACGCACAUUUAGACAUGUCCCACUUUAACAUAUUUUACUGACUUAUCCGAAAUAGCGAGGGGUAAUUUCUACAUGUGAAGGAAAAUGGUGAUAUUUGUGGUAUUUUAUCCCACCGUCACUGCGUCGUCGAUGCUAUUGCUAGGAUUUGGAUCCCCGUGAGGAAAAAAAUGAGUGAAGAUUCAACAAAUCCAAACAACGAGUAAGUGCUCAUUUUCUUCAUGAAGUUACAACUGCUUUGAGGUAUUAACACAUGCUUUACUCGGUCGACCUAACCGAGAGAUGUUGGUAUUUCAUCAUCUGACUCUCAAUAUCAACGACACGGAUUUAUCAUCUGUUUGUGGGGUAAAAUUGUGCUUUAUGGAUUAUUAUAAAGGAAGUCUUAAAAGUAAGCGUUAAAAUAAGAGCAGCCUCUUAAUAUAUUGACCGAAUAAAACAGCAAACACACAAGUUAUGGCAUUUUAUUGAGGGUACGACAUAUUAGAAACGCUUUGUUUAUGUUUCCCUUAUAUAAUUUGUACAAAAAGACACAUCUCUAUAGGAUUGUAUGAUGCAUAAUAGCUUAAGUAACGAGGAGUAGCCCGUCAUAAUCAUGAAGGCGGUGUUAAUCCUGUAUAAAAUACUAUAUGAAUACAUAUUUAUGGUACAUGACGGUCAGGAAAGCGUUGUAUUGACAGUCCGCCAUUAUUUCACUCGCAUUACCAAGCGCACAUCAUGUUUGUAUUAAAGUCUAGCCCGUCUUUCUUUCAUGAAAACCAUUCCUAUUGCGGCAGCGUCGACGUUGAAGAAGCUGAAGAUGCCAUUUUUUUUCUCAAUCGCACUCAUUUACAUAUCACAAUCUCCAUUCAUAAAAACGCUUUAAAAAUGCGUCACGCGCACGCCCCAAAUACCCCACAACCCUCGGAGUGUAUUCGUAACAUGAACGUGAGGUGUUUUUUGUCCGCGUCGCGCCCAUUUCCAGUCGCAUUUUGCCAUUGUUUUAAUGGGCUGAUCCCUUGUGUGCGCUUGUUGACAGUCAGUGAGAAAUAUCUGCUUCGGGAGGUGCUGCGGUCACAUGAUCCUCUCCAUUCAUAAAGUACCUGCCUGCCCAUUCACAGCACUGUAGCCUACACUGUUUCGCAUUGCACCGACGAUCACACAAUGAUCACAUUUCCUGUUUUUUUUUCCUUCCUUCUGCACAAUGCAACCCAUUAAACCUAACAUCUCGUCGUUUUAAGCGUCGUUUUCUUCCACUAUUUCAGGAUUCUCAACAGUAAUGUCUUUUUCACAGAGGAAGUCAUAUGCCCCUUUCAGCCAUUCACUGUGUCAUGCUUUUAAUGCUUGAAACACACCCAUGGUUUUCCCCAUUCCAUCUCUAGACUCUCUAAGAUUGCUUGAUUUAAUGCAUAGAGGCUUUGUCCUUGAAGUGCACUUUUGUUUUUUACAGAACAUAAGCCAUGCGCUGCCUUUUCUUCAAAUAAAGCCUCAUAGAAAGGAUCACAAUAAGGGUACUCAUCCUUAGAGGGUUAUGUACUGAUUAAAGGCAGUCUAUGUGAGAUUUCUCAUAGAUUUACUUAAAAUUUGAUUUGAGCAAACCUGAGUUGAAGUGGUAAGCAGUCAUUUGAACUAGGGCCCGACCGAUAGGGAUUUUUUGGGGCCGAUGCUGAUACCGAUUAUUAGGGGGGGGGUCUGAUUACUGAUUAAUCGGCCGAUUUUUUUUUUUUUUUAUGAAGUUAUAAAAAAAGAUAUAUGUAUACUGUAGGUAGUGCUGGACGAUAAUUCGAUAACAAUAUAUAUCGAUCGAUAGACGUGUGCUGCGAUAGAAAAAAAACGGGUCGAUAAAAAGUUCGAUAGAAAAACACAGUUUCCCUUUCUUUUUCAUCAUAGCCUAUCAUGUAGCUUUUGCUACAGUCAUUACUUCCUCCCAACCAAUCACAAACGCAGACCCAGGUACGCUACGGCACCAAGCCCAGCCCCUAUCAAACCACAACAGACAGCACGUGUAUUAGAAAAAAUGAUACAGCAAGGAGAAGCGGAGGAAAUUGUCCCGAAAAAAGGUUUCAGUAGUUCACCAGCAUGGCAAUGUUUUGGUUUUUAGAAGUCUGACAAAAAGCGAACAGCGGUCGUUUGCAAAAUUUGCAGAGAAUUAGUAAAAACCAAGUCUGGUAACACAACCAACUUGUUUUACCAUCUAAACCGGUCGCACCCACAGGAGUACGAGCUGUGUCGGACGCGCCGCGGCUCCACGUCGUCGGAGGAGGAAUCCUCUGGAACCGCUGCCAGCACCAGCACAAAGCAAGUGAAGCAGACCAAACUGGACUUCGUUUCUUGCCAAAAUACGACAAAGCGUCCGAGCGGCAUAAGGACAUCACCCAUGCAGUAACAUGCUGCAUAGCGAGGGACAUACUGCCAAUAACUACCGUUGAAAAGCCUGGCUUCGACCAGCUUCUAGCCACUCUCGACCCGCGAUAUGAAGUGCCCGGCCGCAAGUAUUUCUCAAACACAGCGCUUCAGGCAUGAAAAUGGGUCAGGGGUUGAAAAGGUGAGAAGAAUGCACCCCUGCAUCCCGUCCACUCAUUAGCUUCUUAAAGUGGAAGAAAAUGAGCUCAUAUUUUACAAAGACGCGAGUAUUUGGAUCAUGGCUACUAGCAGGGGGUGCAUUCGGCAGGGGUGCAUUCUACGACACAACACCGGCGUGGAUAAGUCCUGCUUCUCGUGCUCAGUUUGCGUAUCAAGUCAAUCACAUGAUAAUUAAAAAUAAUAAAUCUCCCGACCCCGGGAGAAGUAUUUCAGUGUUCAGACACCAGGCUGUGGGCAGUUUCCCACACGGUUAAAACUGGUAGUAUGCUAUUCCCACCUAAAGCUAUUCUGUUUAUUUAUAUAUUUGUUUGUUUUGUUUAUUUUCAUCAAAAGACUAUUUAAAUAUUUAUUUAUCAGAUUUUCUGGUCACUUUAGUCUUUAUGUUUGUCAGUAUUUACUGACGUCACUCAGGCCCCUUAAGUUGAUUUCUUUUUUUUUUUAGUUCUUUUUUAAAAAACUUUCAGUUGUGGUAAAAUAAAAAAGGUGGUUGAAUAAAGGUUUGAAUUUGAAUUCAGUGCUUCUGUGUUCUUUAUUAAAAGUAGGUCAUUAAGCAAUAGCAUAAAACAUCCAGGGCUGCAAUUAAAAUAUAUGUUAAAUAAUUAUAAUAAUUCUAUCGAUAAUUAUCGAUAUCGAUCAAUAUGAUUUAUUUUUUAUCGAUAUGCUUUUUUUCUAUAUCGUCCAGGCCUAACUGUAGGUAUACUGUAGGCUACUGCUCUUCGACAGGAAGACUGACUGAUCAAACUAGGACCAGAAGAGCGUUUUUAACCCCCCCAGCCGCUGAUCGGUGCCUCCCCGUCUCAACUCACGUUACUCACUUCGGUCACUUCCGGUCUGGUCUCAUCCGGAGACAUGCAGCUGCCUCAGUAAGAGAAGUAGCUUGAUCACGUAAUGUGUGCUGUUGUUUAUUCUACCGUUACUGGCACGGCUAACUUUGUAGCAAGGCUGACAGCAGAUGGCUAACUCUAACUUUAGCUUGCAUAUUACAUGGUGCUUCACCGUUAACUCGGCGUGACCAAGACCAGCACAGCAGGGAACAUCGUGAAGUGGGUGAACUGGAACAUGUUGACUUAUUGUGUAUUUCACAAACUGGUUUAUGUACCGUUGAGGCGGACCACUCUCCUCCGUGCGUCCCUGAGCUGCCUGCUUCAGAUCCGUCACUCUGCUGUGCUGUGAGGUAGUUAGUGGAUGAAGAUUGUCAUGAAGUCGCUGCGCCAUCUACUGAAUAAGUCGGGGAACUUUUCAAAUGGCGGAACAUUUUCGAAGUGAAACUGAAUAUUAUUCUCCGCAUUUUAUCUCUAAAAAUAAUCUGAUUAGUCUCAAAUGGGCUAAAAUUCGCAGAUUUAAUCGGCUAGCCGAUAAAUCGGUUGGGCCCUAGUAAGGAGUAAUUUGAACAACAUUUCCCACAGUUUCAGCCUCGAGUGACUAAAAAUGCAGCAAAGAUUUUUGCUGAGACUGCUGUCAGUAACUUAAGAGACCCCUCAAGGCCUUGGGCGCUCUUUUGGAAGCUGCUGCUAUAGGCUACAGAUCAUCAGACCCCAGUAUAUGAUGGGUUUGCAGCAGCUGAGAUGGCGAAGUGAUCUCGACAUUGUUGCUAUGAUUCCACCACCUUUCCCUCUGUUUUAUGAUUCAUAGUGAUGGAGAGGACAGAAUACAGAUCGUAGCCUUUAAGCCCCUUCUGACAGAUGCUUUUUGUUUUGAUCAGGAUAUUUUCAUUUUUAAUAUGUGUGUCUCAGUUUUACAUUUCACAUCUACUACACUGAUGAGACAAAUCCAGAUCUUUGAUGAGUCACUCCAGUUUAAAGAGAACAGCCCUUACUUUCAUAAACUAAAACUGUUCCUAUUUUCUGUUUGCUUGCUCAUAGAAACAUAUAUCUGUCGUCCUGUGGUUUGUGCUGUAAUCAUUCUAUUUAAAACCUACUCAGAAUGUGUGAAUGUAGCGUCCUGAAGUGGUUUUGUUUUAGUGAUGGGUGGUAAGCCAAGCUGUUGUACACACAUAGCUCGCCCUUUGCUGAGAACAUCCUUCUUGGCCUUGGCGCAGCGACGUUCUCAAGGCUGAAACGGAGAAAGACGGCACAUGCUACAGCCUUGUCAUGUUUUGGUUUGACGUAAGGCUGAUGGGAAUUUUGAUGGUGGAAGUAUCCACAAGCCUCUGUAGAGUGUUAAUCUGACAUAUUUAUCUCCAACCAAGGCAGCGAUCUUUUGAGGUACACUACCCUGGUACCUUUCAUUCAUUGGUGACAUUAGGAGAUUAAAAGGAUCAUCAAUUAACCCUUCACCCUUGUUUUUCAGUGAUCUUCAGCUGCAUGUGUGUCCAUCUUUACCGUUUCAUCUUUAUUGUUUUAAACUCCUGCACUUCUGUAGUUAUUGUCUGCUGCCACUCAGGUGACUCCACUCUCUGUGUCCUCUUCCUAUCUGCGUGAUUGAUUUGACAGCUCAGUGUUUUAUCUGCCAGUGUGGGUGUCGUGAUCUUAUCACCUGAGGGCUGUUUUGCACUAGCAAUCCUGUUGCAGAGCUUUUCCAAACACAUUCCUCCCCAAACAACCCCCAUCAUGUCCUGAAAUGACAAAGGGAGACAGCUACUUCAGCUGUUGGGCCCUGUGCUUUACAGCCUGGGUAAUUGCCUGUAUCCUGUGGGCCUUAUGUUAACCUAAAUAAUUUCCUGGACCUUUUUUAUAGACAGUAUUAUUGCCAGUUGUUGGGUUUGACCUCCAUGAACACUAAGCUUUACCAGCUGAACCAGACGAAGCUUUAACACAAGUUACCUUUUGGCUAAGUCUGAGCUGAGCUGAACAUGUUUGGUUUUGCUUCUGUAUUCUUUUAAGGAAGUGUUGGUUGUGACUACAGUGGUUUACACUCUGAUAAAGUGUUUUUGACGAUUAUACGCACAGAGGCACUUGGUACAGCACUUUACUUUAAUGGUUAGUGGCAGCCUCUACACAUUAGGCUAGGUUCUAAAUGCCGAAAUAAAAAUGUCUCUCAGUUUCACGUCAUUUAGAGAAGGUGAAAAGUUGCAUUAUUCGCAAAGUUGCUUUGCAAAAAGAAUUUUGUGUAAUUAUUGACAAUGAUCCUCUGUGUUACCGGAGGGCUUGGACUGUCUGUAACCGAGACAAGCCAACAAACUGAACAGGCCUUGUAUAGUGGUGGACUGUUCCAUUCCCAUGGCCAGAUUUAGGCCUGGAUCCUGUGUAUUUUAAACCUAAGCCACUUCCCUCUUAUAAUUUUCAUUUCCUCUUCAAGUAUUUUAGGAGGGGGCAUAAACUGGCAUAAAUGUCAACAGAGUAUUUCAGAGUAAUGUUUGUUUAAUUGUAAGACAAAUGUGGACGUAUGAAGAUGGCUUCCACUAAAAAAAAAACAGUUUCAUCAUCACACCAUCUGAUAGCAAGGCUCGUCCUUUUUCUUCAAGAAGAGCCUCUGAUGUUCGCAGACUAUAUCUCAGUUCCUUUGAGAAGUGCUUUUAGCACCAAGUGUCUGAAUUGUGGAUAUUGUUUUCAGUUGUGCAGCAUGCGGGAGCAUGAAGGCUGGGCCUUGUUGUACGCUCUCUGCUGCAGCUGGGCCGCGAUGGUUCUUCCCUGCGAGGCCACAGACAUAAAAGGACACAGAUGUAAAUCCUAAACCUUGUGUCUUUGAUUGAGUUUCCAAACACUUUGAAAACAGGAAGGGGUUUCUGUGUGUGCGCCUGUGCGCACACACACACACACUCAUGAGCUUGUUCUCUGGGAACAUUUGGCAUGUGUAUGUGUUUCUGGUAGAGAUAGGCCUGGUUCUUAGAUGAGUGAACUGAAGCAAAAAUAGCUUUAUGUAAUCAUAUAAAUGAAUUAUUGAGGCAUGUUUUCAGAUAGGACUGAGUAGUUGGUCUGUGAGAAUGUAUAUUUUUAUCUUCUUUGUAACUUCUGAUCACUCUCAGUCUUGUCAAGUGGCUAUAUUUAGCAUUUGUAACAGUCUUUUAUUGGUUGGUAAAAGCGGCUCUUGAUUCGAGCAAAUCUACCAAGUGAAGAUUGAAUCUGAGUCUUACUGAUUUCCAAGAUGAGCUCGUGACAUUGCUAUUAUUUACAACAACUUAUCGCGGUAGUUUAACUUCACAGCUACAGGUGAUCAAAAUAUGUUAGAGUUUUCCUUCAUAUUGACGGUUUCCCCUCCAGACGACUGCGCUGUUUCGCUCAGUCCCACCUCAGAGUGACUGACGAGUUGACGCUCGAGUCCCAAGGGACUACUUUUACAUCAAAGAAGACCAGAGACGCCGCAGCAGUCGAAAUUUGUGGUCCGACCCCCCUUUUUUUUGGUAACGGCAAGCACAAGGUUUUAAUUUUCCAAAUGCUUGCGGUUCAAAUUAAGAUCAUCUCAAUAUGUGCCUGUGAUUGAUGUUUGGGAAUAGUUCUUUGGCGUUCGAUACACAUAUGGGACUCUUUUUGAUUUAUAGUGCCACAGCACAACGGCACCUAAAACAUUGUCGUUGGGGUUACAGAGCCGUUCCAGUAAUAGAGGGGUUGGUUAGAAAAUCACUGUCAGAAACGCUGUCAGCCUGAGCAGCUUUGACAUUCAUUUUCUGGUUUAGGUUUAUCUUUGAUUUGGACAAUACCCGCUGCUGUCUGACGGAUGCUACCAGAAGUGGAUAUGAUAGGCAAAUUUGUCGUCACACAAGUCGGCGUUUCUGUGAAAGGGAUGGUGGUAAAUUUGAAGUGUGGUGCAGCAGCAGAAGGGUUGUUCUCUCUCUCUCUCUUUCUCUCUCUCUCUUUUUUUUUUUUUACUCCUGAGUCAGUCGGUAGCUAAGCUGAAUGUUCUUGUGAGGGAGAUGACUCACCAGCGGCCUGAGGUGUCGAGAGGAGAUAGGGCAAAUUUUUCUUUCACUUCUCUUUCUCUAGCCAACAUAUUAGUUUUCACUGCAGCUAAAGUAGCAGGCUUGUGAUGUCGGCCGCCUGUCGGUGCCUCCGCUGCCAUUGUCCCAUUAUUAGUUCAGUUUUUUUAUUAAUGGCUGACAGACGGUCCCUUUUAUAAGUGUCUUGUUCGGGCCUUAUGUCAUAAUUUGCUCUGCAUCCAUGUUGGGUCAUGUUGCUGUUUGUUGUGAGUAUGUCUGUGCCCUUGAGUUUGCCACUGGUUAUUUAGGGGAUUUGAACCGUGGCUAAUUGGCCGGCUAGUUUGCACCGUUCAGAUUAGAUGCACUGCUGGAAUCGACGGUCGAGUCCCAGAUUGCAUGUAAUUCAUUUCUUCAAUGAGGCGUGAUCACAUUGAAGGAAACUGCAGCUCCUAAUCCUCUUACAGCUUUAGCUUCAACGUAAGGUACUCUAGACUUGUUUUGGUCGAAAGUCUGGAGAACCACACUGAGAUAGUGGUGUUAUAACAACAAGUUGAGACUUUUGUUGACCCUUGGGCACGUUGAUCGAUGUGAAAUAAAAAUUCUAGUGCGUUUUCGGUGAAGCUAAAGCCAUUGAAGGUAGUGUAAGAUCUGUGAAUUCUGUCUGUGUUAACAGCUGGUGAAGACGACCACACAUUUUAGUAAGCUGAGAGUAUGAGUCACACCAAGACUAGCUUUUCACGACGUCUUCGACUCCCUUUCUACUUUCCUAGCGAUUGCUUCCGUGGAUAAUCUAUAGAAUCGGAUUGGGAUAAGUAGCUUGUGUUUAUUCCCCCAAUGAUAUUUUAAUGAUUUUUCUCCCCCCUUCAAAAGUCCGACCAGCCAAAGUGGUCCAGUGAAGCUUGACCAAGCUUGACAGCCUUCCUCCGGUUUUGAUACAGGGAAGAGAUGGGGAGGAAAAGGGGUGAUGGAGGAAGAAAAAAAGCGUCAAGGGGGGAGCUUUUCUCCCCUUUUCUGAUGCUAAUGAAAGGAGGAAUGGUUUUCCAGCUUUUAGCUUGCAGAGUGUGUCUCCCCUGCAGCAUGCUCCGCUGCCUGGACAUUGUGGGAGGACAAAACUCCAAGCCCGGGAUCCAAUAACGUGAAAUUUCAGCAGAGAAGCGGCCAUUGUGUAGAGAGAGGCAGCCGGGAAGGGGUUGGGUAGAAGGGGGGAGAAGGAGCAGGAGGAAAGGAGCAGGAGGAAAGGGAGGGUGACUUGGCGAGCACCCAGGGCUCAGGCCACAUCCUUUCUCUCUCUUCUGUCCUCUCCUCUUUCACUCCCCCUCUUCCUUCUCCUCCUUCCCUUAUUCUCCCCCCUUCUGUCUUUCUUUACCCCCUCUCUCUCCAUCUGGGGUGGGAAGCCCAAGGCUGAGACAGGAGCAAAGCAUGAUGGCACGCUGGAGUCCGGCGAGCCAUGGGCCGGAGCAGCAGACAAAUGGCCACUUUGUCAACUUAGGAAAUGGUUGUCCCAGGAUCCCCCUUCUCCACCGUACACUGCAGCAGCCGGCCUCAGGGCCCAGGCCUGCUUGCCUGCUCUGCACGUGCUCCUCCAUCACGCCUUCUCCUCUCCUCCCUUCUCUUAUCUUUUUCCAGCAGUUUAAUUCAGACCAGGGCUGAUUUCUGCUCUGGCAGUAAAACCUUAACCCUCUUGUGCUGCUUUUCUCUUACUGUAAACGAGCUCUGAAGGCAAAAAAAAAAAAUACAACCAGGGCACAUUUCCUUAUUGCCUUUGUUAUGUUGUUAUAAUAUCAUAAAAGCUAAAUGACAUCCUUACUGUGAAAAAGAAAAACGGCCUAAUCUAUACACAAGCUGUUGACUGUCACCUAGUUCUCCACCCUGUUCCCAUCUACAGACACCUCCUCCUCCUCCUCCUCCCCCAGCGCAGUCCUCCGUUACACUCUCACCCCCUCCCUCUCUGUGUCUCUCCUGCUUUCGGUCGGAAAUGAAGUCAGUCAUCCAGCAGAAUAACUUGGAAUAAUUUGGAAUGGGGGGCUCCUUUCUCUCUGUCUUUUUCCCUCCCCCUCUCCCCCUCCCUCCCCCCUUGCUCACAGGCCCGGGCCAGCUGAUCUGCUUCCGCUCUCAAUUGUGUGUCCAGUCGACUGUGUGCUCCCAGCAAGGGGCGUGGAGGCCGGUCUUUGUCUCCACCAUCCCACUCUGAACCCUGCGUUUGUGUGUGUGUGUCUGUGUUGAAGCAGGUUGCAGUGAAAUAUCUUCUUGGAAACAGUUUUUUGGAAAGUUUUUUGUACUUGAGGGAGAAGAAGAGGAGCAGUUGAAGCUUAUUUCUCUUUGUUUUGAAGGUUUUGUUAAAAGGAAGUAGCAGGCUGAACUAUUUAACGACUACAAUAAUCAUGUUUCACAACAAGAAAUUUAUGGAUGUCUCAAACUUGAUACACACACACCCACAGUCCACUCCACUUCCUCCUCAGCCCCUCCUCCUUACAAAUGUCAUGGUUGCUGGCAUGUGUGUGAUGGUAGGCCCGAAGGGUCAGGCCCUGGUCAUUGUGCCCUGGUCAUGGCUGAGCGACACCACCGCCUGCCUUCUGUUCACCCUAGGGACCCCCGCCUGAUUGACAGCCCCUCCUGCACCCAUCACCCUGCAUCCUUUUAUUGGGGGCCAUAGAGGGUGUAACAGCAGCAGUAUUUCCUUUUUUUUACUGCCUGUUAAACUGCACAAAAAUGCAUUUUUCGGCUGUUGCAGAGGUUCUCAUGUCAGGUUAAGCACUACGUUUAAGGCGCUGUAAAGAAGUGUAACCAGAAAGGGUGUUGCUGGGAGGAUGCAAGGGGAAGUUAGUUGUGGUGGUGUUUUUCUACAAGUUGUAUCACACUUUUCAGUUGUCUUGCUGACAACGAUGCUCAAAGUUCAUUUAGUUGGAUUCUUGAUGUUAGUCGUUUGAUAAGUCCUCUGUCUCUUCUGCUCCAGACCUACCAUCAUUAUUACUUGAGCAUAUUUUUCUAAUUGGCACUAUAGUUAUUGAUUUUUUUUUUUUUUGGAUCAGUUAGCUCAUGAAGAGGCAGAAUAAUAAAAGCAUCUUGUGCAAAAAUUGUUUUGGAAUUAUUAUGGUUAUAAUACCAAGCAACACACUUCCAGUGUGUCCACUUUUGCUUGCACCGUGACUGACAAGGCUUGUUGAAAAUAAACAACACAUUGGCAGGCACCAACCUUGAGCAAGCAGCAGUGUACACAGCUUCUCCGAAUAUAACAAUUUGGGGAUUUUGUAGAUAUUCAGUCUAAACCAAAGAUUGAUUUCUAAGUAGGUUUUAGAAAUUAAAGAAGUUGGACAAAGCACUUUGAUGAAUAUAUUACAUAUGGGCCUUCUUUGUUUUUCCCCCAACUAUUACUCAUGGAUAACCCUCACUUUAUACCAGGUUCCCAGAAGUUACCAUGAAACAGCUGAAAGGACUGAUAUUUAAUUCUGCACAUUUGUCUGUCCUUGAAGAGGUUGGGGGGAGGAAAAAGGGUAGGUUGUUGGUAGUGUUAAUAACUGUUUUCAAGACAAAAAAAGUGCUGAAUUGAAGGAUUUUAAGAUUUAUCUGAUUUACUGACCUGUUUUAAAAAAGGAAAUUCAAAUCUCAAAAAUCAAAUUUGUCCGAAGGUGAGAAAACUCUUACAAAACUGUCAAAAAUGAAUACAAUUCACAGAGUCUGAGGUAAAUUUCACGUGAAAUUGCUCAGUGUGAGCAAGGUUAGUAUGGUUAGCACCACCAGCCUUCAGUUCCUCUUGCAGGUCAACAUCCACAUGCCUGUGCUGGUUUUAAGCAGACACAGUAUACAACGUUUGCUCUGAGAUGCCAGCUGCCAUCUGUGCUUGUUUACAUCCAGGUAAAGAGCAUCAGAGCAAUUGGUGGGAGACUGCACAACAGCUUAGACAGAAUAAUAAUUCUAUUAACUACCCUGAUUGACUGGUAAUUCUAGUGCCUACAAGGCAGCAUGUUGAAUUGUUAGGUUGACUAAGACCAGUGAGUAUGCGGAUGUCAUGCUACCAUAGGUGUGUAAGCUUUGGCAGUCAACCAACCAACUUUCAUUAUCUUGGGCUAGGGAUGGGCGAUAAAUUAUCAUUGACGAUAUAUUGUCAAGAAAAAUCCUCCAUGAUAAAUAUUUGCCAUCCCGCGAUAAAUGCAAGUUGAUGACGUGAGUGCGAGCGACGGACUGGCAGCCAUAGCCCAUACAGAGCAGAAUAACAAACAAACAUGGCCGAAAGUAAAGAGGACGAUGUUUCUGAGCAGCUUGUUACUCGUUUGGUUUCAUUCGUUUUCUCCCUAACCUACCACUUAAACUUGUGGUAAUUAUCUUAUUUGACUAUUCCAACUGGUGUUCUCAAGACAAAAUGAGUCAAAAAUAUAGAUCGGAAUCAUAACAUUUUUUAUCGGGACUUUUAUCGUUAUCGCCAGAAUGGCAAAACUCAUUGUGAUAAAUUUUAUAGCCCAUAUCGUCCAUCCCUAUCAUGGACCAGUAAUUAUUACUUAAUUCUUCCAUUAGAGAGUGAUAAAAAUGUUAUCUUAAUUUAAUUUUUUUAAAGAGGUACAGCGCAGCAAAAAAUGAACUAAAUCAGUGAACAACUGAGCAGCUUCAAAGCAGAGUGAAUGUGUGCCAGUGACCUCUUUCACAUUGUCAUCUUGUAAAUGGCUUUUUGUACUAUUUAAGAGUUAUCGUUUUCAUCAAGUCGGUUUAUUUCAAGAUUUUUACGUCCUGCGCAUCGAUCCAUGAAUCGGCCAUUCCCAGGGUUCUAGGAUCUCAAGGUUUUCACAUGGUAAAAAAAAAAAAAGCUAUCUUGAAAUUUAGAUUAAUUACUAACCAAUAACCUGGGCACUGCCGUUUGCCCAGGGUGUGGAAGGCAGAGGGCCAAAGGUUAGUCUCAUAGAGUUGGACAAGAUUUAGAGACAAGAGGCAAAGAGUGGGAGGACAGCUAUUCUUCUUUUAAAGCAGAGGCUACGAUUUAACUAUGUCAUUAUUACAUUUUCUUUUUUUUUUUUUAAGUGAGUGACGUGUUCCCCCUUUUCUGGCUGUUUCAUAGAAGAAAUAUUCAAAGUGUUUCCUAACAUGUGAUGUCAUAUCUGUCGUUCUACCAGGACUUAGGCCAGAGAGCAAUGUGUCACAGGAAGACAUCCGGCAGUCACACUCUUUUAGUGCCGUGCCCAUGUCUGUCAGCUUUCACUUCUCCCCCCAGUAUUUAAUAUUUUACCCAGUGUUUCUGCAAAAUGCUGCCCUCAGCAUACCCUGACCUUUGUCAUUUCCGGUGGCCCAAUGCAGUCUGUGUUAUCUAAUCAGAGAACCAUCUGACUUCAAGGCAAAGAGGAACGAAGGGAAAGCAAUAGAUACAGACUUAGCACAUAUUAUUAAAAGUCAGUAUCAAAGCGUGGUGUGAUAAGGCUGAGAUCAAUAUGGUUACACAUCAAAGUAGAAAGUUGUCCUUCUUAUCUGCUAAAAAUGAUUGAAAAAGAUCACACAAUGAUGUCAUGUGAUUUGAGAAAAAUGCUUCACCAGGACCUCUCAUCCUUGGAGGUCCAAAGAGGUGAGCUGAAAAUAGCGACCGGGACAGGAAAUCGCAGCAAUAUUGGAAAGAAACCGUCAUGAGUAAAAGCCUGUGAAAUGUCUCGUACAGUUUGAGGUCACCUGCUUUGGGACAGAGGUUGGAAAUCUACUGUGUCCAGUGGCUGAACUUGGCCACAUGGUCAGUAACCCUCUGUCUGUCUGUAGUUAAACAUACACCGACUGCUUCAGACUGUAGAAAUGGUCACCACAAGUCUGUUAUAUCAUGUGCUAAAUAUACUCUAAAAACCAUGGUUGAACCCUUGACUUUGCUCCCCUUAUAUUCUUUUUUUAGUGUUGCUGCAGGUUUCAGAUUAGCUUGUUAGUAGUAAUUGUGUCUGGAACCAGUCAGGUGUCCUUAAAGGGUGUGUUUGUUUUGUGUCACCUCAGCAACAGAGAUUACUGUAAUGUGGCAAGUGCUGAAUUGUCUUUAAAUGUUCAAACUGCAGGUCAAACCAGAUCUCACUGGCUCUGUCGUAUCUGUUUAUCUCUAUGGUGCUCUUUACUACACGUCCACUGACUAUUUUGUGUAGGCUCCAUGUACUGUACUAUAACUCAGCUGUAUGUGGGCCGGUGUUUCAUGUAGGCUGUCUGCUUCUGUUGAUGUGUUUUGUGAUCCAAGUUUCAAGACCCCGAAGGAAAAUAUCAUGAUAGAUUUUUAAAAAAAUGCUGAUUACCACUGAUUAUGUCGACUUAAAAUACUGUUUUUUCUUUUGCUCUCUUCCUCCCACCUCUCUCUCUCUCCCUCCUCUGCAGUGACAGUUAUGCGCGCGUGAGAGCAGUGGUCAUGACUCGGGAUGACUCCAGCGGUGGGUGGCUUCCCCUGGGGGGCGGAGGCCUCAGCUGUGUCACCGUCUAUAAGGUUAGCCGGGCGGAGGACAGCGGCAGUACCCACAGUGGAGGCAGCGGAGGGAGCAGCACCAACCUUAGCCCCUGUAGCUCUAGUCCUAGUCCAAGCCCAAGUCCCAGUCCCAGCCCCACAUCCGUGGAGUUCCACAUCAAGGGCGAGAGACUCAAAGACAAACUGGUAAGAGGACCAUUCUGCUUAUUUAGGGGGAAUGACCCUUUUUUUGAAAUAUUUCUGGUGCUGCACAAAAUCUUUCAUGCACAAACAAGAGAUGGUGCAUUCUGCCCUAUGAGGUCACCCUGGCCGCAACCGCUUUCCCAGACUCCCCCUCUCUCUGACUCGGCCUCACUCACCGGCACACGCACUCACACAGGAAGUGCUCGUUUGGCUUUCUUUCACAGUGCAGGUAUCUGAAAAUAGGAGUGAACUGCGUGACGCUGUGAUGCAUGAUGAUAUCAUUAAAGAGAAGAACAGAUUACUCAGGAGCAAAGUAUGUGGAAUGAGGGAUGUGGGAAACACACAAAGAGCUUUGGAGAGGGAUCUUAACGGGGAGAUAGAGGCAGGAAAUGACCGCUGACUCUGUUUUUCCAUGAGAAGUAUUUGUCAACCUUUUGUAGUGUUCCCUCCACCUUACUGUGUGAUGUAAAAACGGCAUACUUCAGUGAAUAGUCAGGAAAUGGUGUUACAGGACAAGAAAUCUAUAAUUGUAAAGUCAUUUAUUAGGAAUGAACAAUGGAAAAAAUGUUAACCAGGGAAGACUUGUUUAAUGCCAGUAAAAUUACUCAUCUUUUUUGGCCAUUGUGACUAUUUGAGGAUAAAGUUUAAAGAGGUAUUUGUGUGCUGUGUAUGGGGACUUAUGCGAUACGCUGCCACUGUGUAUUUCUUUGACAUGUCUUAACUGUGGCGCCUUUUCAGGUGACUUGUAACAAUGGUUGUGUUUGAACUCGAGGCCUUAUUUUGUCACCUCAGAAUGGUUGUAGCAUGUUUUGCAGAUUUGCUACGACUGUGACUGUGCAGAUUGUGAGCUGCAUGUCUGUAGUUGAACAAGUGCAUCUUUUAGUCAAAUUACAAAACCUGGACAAAGAAAUUGUUCUGAUUUUAUCAAGUGAGCAUGAGGCUUUUAUGUCCUUACAGGAGCAGGUUUCCAUCGACAGCAGCACAGAAAGUACAAACCAAUCAGGUGUAAAGGUCCUUUCACACCAGGACCGUUUUUAUCGUGCGAUUAUUUCGGACAUCAAUAUUUUUUUCGAACCCGUAUCCUGUCAAUACAAGCGUUCACAUCAGCAAUGUUUUCCUGUCCUGCGAUAUUGCAGCAUUAAUUUUUCGGAUCAUGGUCGAUUUUUCUAAAGUUUCGCAUACUGAGCGUCCACUUCUGACCAGUGUUGUUUUUGUUGGUGAUGAUGUUUACGAAAACAACACUGGCUGUUUUUGUUGAUGAAAAUAUUUCGUCAAUGCCCCUUUUUUUUUCCACGACAAAGACGUGACAUUGAUGAGGUAAACUAAAGUCUUUGAUGACUAAAAUGUGACAAGACGACUGUGCGUUAACCUUGAUGAGACGUGACUAGACGAAAACGUUAGUGGUGGACGAUGAACAGAGUUGCAAAUUCAUGAGCAUUUCGUCAGUCAAACGCUAAACAUAUAUUCUGCAGUGUGUUGUUUUCGUUGAUGGUGUUGUCGUUGUCAUCAUCACGUCGGCUCUGGUGUGUAGGGACCUUUAGUUGUAAUUCAUAAUUAUUGUAUCAGAUUUCAUAUAGCGCUUUAUCAGAGACCCUCAAAUUGCUUUACAUUGGAUACAUCAUUCAUUCGCUUACACAGUCACACCUCUGUGGCGAUCAACUACCUUAGCUGUCACAGCUGCCCUGGGGCUGCUCAAAUGCAUAACUUAAAAGAAGAAAAAGUUGGUUGUUGUGUGAAGAAAAACUAGAAUCAAAAGACAUUUUUGAUGGUAAAAACUUGACAAACGGAGGUUCAAACUUAUCAAGCAUCACAGAAGCUUUUUGUCCUCAAACACAAGCAUUGCUCUUCGACUGAGAGGGGUGAGCAUAGGAGAAUUCGAGAUCGAAUCUGACGACUUAAUCGUACUUAACAUUCCCAUCUUGCUUGUAUCCUAAUAAUGGAGGAACAUGUCACCUCUUGGACGAACUCUGAUUGGUUAUCAUGUUUAAAUGAAAGGAGACAUCACUACGCAGUAUGUAAGACACCUUUGAAGAGGAAGGUCUAUAAGAAACAGAUUGCGCACAUUAAACUUUGCAGCUCAUUCCAAAUACAGAGAACUUCAAAGAAAUAAUGGUAUCAGAAUUAGCUACUGGCAAAGCUAUUUUAAACCUUUGUAUCUGCCCUGAUUUGAAAAUGAAUCAAUGCAUCCCGAGGUUUAAUUCUUUUCACUGGCGCCAUGUGCAGCAUGAGGCACAAAAACCAGCAAAGUAUGCAGCCAUUCUUGUCCUCCAGUCCUAAUCCUCAUGGCUUUUGACGCUUCUGCCAAACUCCUGACCUUCUUGUCACAGACUCAUUCUGUGUUCGAGAUGUAAAACAGAUCCAGUAGAUGUACUGGGAUAAUCCUGGUUUGUGGUAAUGAGAGUGUAAAUCUGUGUUUGUGAGAGAGAGAUAGAGAGGCAGAGGGACAGAGACACAGAGUGAGUGAGAGAGAGAGAGAGAGAGAGAAAACUGUUAGAUGUCAGGGGAAUCAAGGAGGCCACCAUGAUCCUGACGGUUCAAUAUUAGAGGCUUGUUUCAGCAGAGCGUCUAAAUCACCUCUUUUUUUUAAUCUUUCCUGACUGAUCACACUUUAUGUGUGUGUUUAGUGUUUAUGGUGUGUUUGUGUUUUUGCGCGUUGCUAUCCAAGCAUGUGUGUGGCACAGGAAAAGGGUGUGACGGGAAUUCUGUUUCGCAGACAGGGUUAAGACAUGGCUCAGAGACCCCGGCAUCUCUUCUGGGAUGUGGUAAAACACCCCUAUCACCGCCAGAGUCUACCCCUCAGCCACCACAACAAACACCCCGCCAUAUGUGGGUCUGUCAGGAUGCCACCCAGGGCCAUGGUGUUGGCAUCGACCACAGCGCUGCCGACGAGUCUGAGUGCAUCAGGAGGAGGAGGAGGAGAAGCAAAGUGAUGAAUCCAUGAAAACAAAAGAAACAGACAAAACCACAUAAGGAUAUGUUGGCCUGAGUCGGAAGAAAACACAGGGCAAUAUCUGUAGUUGUUACCACAGCGUUGUUUAAAACAGUAACAUUGGUGUUUUGAUACCGGAGGUAAAAGAAAGACCAUAAUUAUGUUGUUUGAGUAAAAAAGAGGCCAAGGAUGGCGCUUCUGAAUGUUUAAAAGACUGGUGUGAAUUGUUAUGUCUGAAUCACAGAAGAGGAAAGUUCAGAUUUUGACAUCAUUGUCAGAGAAUAUAGUCGUUUUAAUCAAGACAAACAGAAAUACAACGCUUUUUCCUGAAAGAAAAAAAAAAAAACAUUUAAGAUCUAGUUAUCCAAAUCUCUAAGAAAAAUGAAGGCUUUUUGGGCGCAUCAGAUACGAGGUGAUUCAGGGAAAGAGAUGCGUGUAGUCAAAGAGCAAGAAACAGAGGUGGAGCCAGAGAGACGGGAGACGGAAGAGGUGGAGAGGAUCUGUCUAUAAGCGCAGUGAUGCGGCACAGAGUGUACUGGUGAUGACUCAGCUGGCUCUCCAUAUAGCUACCAAUCACUCUCCUCCUUGCCCGCUUCCCCUCCCUCUCCUUUUCUCUCCUCUCUCUUUUCUCUCCAUCAAUCUGAUUCACUUGCUCUCUUCCAAACUACAGAUCUAAUUGGUCAAAGAUUCCUAAAUCACACCGGCUCUACAACUGUGGCGAAUAUCUGGUGUAGCUGUGACAGCAUGAAUUGUCAUUUAUAGUCUGUGACUCCCUCAUGACGCUCUUUUUUCUACUGGCACAUAUGUAUGAUUUGAGUUUGCCAGAUUAAUACGGUUUGUAUUUGUAAUUGUUGAAAAAAAAAAGAGGAGCGAUUGGUAUCAACCGGAACAACUGCCUCCCACUAAGCCUCCAAAACUUGGUGCUUUGGUUAUUGCAUAACACCUUUUAUGCCUCUAUAGCUCUAUUUUUGACUGACUUUUACAAACUUGAAACAUCACUUCUACAUUCAUAGACAGAUAGGAUAACAAAAUUGAAUUCUUCUCAGCUCAAUUUUUUGAAAGAGUUACCUUUUUUCGCUUUACCCCCUUACUUCUCUCACGCUUUCAAUCCUCAUGUCCCCCCCUUUAUGUCUACAGCUUCUAUUCUAUUUUUCUAUCUCUUUUUCUCCUCCUCCUCUUUUCUCCAAGCACAGCGUGGAAUGCGGUGUUAAGUGUCGUCCUUUUGCAUGCAACCAUGAUACUUCCUCCUCCGUCGGCCUGGCUGUGCGCUCACCUUACCUGCUCCGGCUCCAUUCAGUCUCGCCUCCACAAUCAGCCCCAGAGACAGAGCAGACCCCACCAACCCCCCUCCCCUUGUCACCCCAUCCUCCUCACAUGCAAUCCUCUCUUCUUCAUCCCUCUGGCUCCUGGUAAACUCACAGGCUUUACCUUUAACCCUCAUUAUCUUGUAAUAGCGACCUAAAGACAGAUAUUUGGAGACGUAUCUCCAUGCGGAAAAAUGUUUCAUGCGUCCAUUAUCAGCGAGGGUAAGAAAAGCUUUCCCUCAGACACUUAGGAUGAAAUGUAUACCUGUGUGCACCCUCCCUGACACUCCUAUCACAUAUCAUCCAGCUCAUAUACAGCUGCCAUGUAGUAGCUUCUUAAAGGGAACAUGUUUACUCUUGUCCAGCUCAACAGGGAACGGUGCCAUCUGCUUUCAGCUAUCGAGUAUUGGUUUGUGAUUGCAAAGAUGCACAGUGUUGUACCACUUGGAUUAGCGUUUUAAUCACACCAGCUCCUGUGCUACUGUUUUUCCCCCCUGCACGGGCUCACACAUUCACACCCCAUAAAGCCACCUCUCGUGCACGCCGGUUUAAAAAACCUCAAAGACUGUAAUGGCUGUCUCUCAUUUCAUUUAAUCUGCCUAGAGGAAGGCCAGGAGGCGGCCUAGUAGCCCUGAUUAAUAAUAGGCUUUGAAAAUACACUUGGGCUGCCUGGCUCCAAAACAUACAACCUACCCCCCUUCCUUUUUGUCCCCACCACUGCUCUCCAACUUUAUCAUGAUCUGUAAUGAAAACCCACCAUUUAAAAUGUAUUUUUCAAACUAUCCGGAUAUGUAAGUGUCAUCAUUCAGAUUAAGAUGUUUCCUGUUUUUUGGUAGUCUGUUAUUUACAAGUAGAGUUAUGGUUUAUUCCAGAUGCAGGCUUCUCUUCCUAAUAGUUUCUGACUCAUUGCAAUUCUGCAUCAUUGCAACUGUGGAAUAUUAGGGGGGAUCAGUGGAAUGACUUUGCCCCACCAUGAUACAGCCAUGCGGUACACAUUGUAGACAAGAUGCAUCAAGGGUUUAGAUACCCUGCUGUGAAAUUUCUGUAUGUUUGAGCCUUAUUUCCGUGUCUAUUGCUGCGUUCCAGUUACCUUGGAAGUCAGAAAACCAAGAUGGACGCCUACAGUUAGCUGUUGUUAGCUGUUGCUUACAGUCGUCUGCCGUCACUUGCCGCUGUCAGUUGUUGUUAGCCGUUGUCAGCUGUUGUUCCUUGUUGUUCCUCGUUGUUAGCUAUACCAGUUAUAAACAAUGCACAACACAGUAUUUUACUCUACAAACAUCAUAGCACCGUGUUCACAUUUAGACAUUGGUCAGCACAACAUAUCCCACUUAUUUAAUUUCACCAAAACAAAACAGAAGUGCUGAUAAAUAAUACAUUAUGAGAGCUUUCACUGUUACUCUCUACUGUUGAUGCACUGCGCUGCCAUCUUGAAUUAUUACUUGUUGGCGAGGAUCGUCCGACUUUCUUGAUUCAGAAAUCUGACUUCAGUGGGGCAUUACAGAUGAAUUUCUGAUUCAGAGCUCGGGAGUACAACUGGAACGCAGCAUAUAUUCCCUCACUGUUGUGGUUGUAGAAGGAUUGGAUGUGAUACAUUGUUCUAGCCAGUAGUAAGGAUUGUCAUCAGUCAGACCAUCGACGACUUUUGACCAAAUGAACUGCAACUUUGUUGAGUAUUAUCUUCUUCAUCUCAAACUCUUGUGUAUUGACAGGUGGUGCUGGAGUGUGUCCUGCAGAAGGACCUGGUAUACAACAAGGUCAACCCCAUCUUCCACCACUGGAGGAUCAACGACAAGAAGUUUGGACUGACGUUUCAGAGCCCGGCUGAUGCCCGUGCAUUUGACCGGGGGAUCCGUCGGGCCAUCGAGGACAUCAACCAGGGUAUGUGUGCGUUCAUUAAAGUUAAAAACCCACUGCGAUGAAGAUAGUGUUUUUCUUGUUGUCUACAUGUUCAAAUGGCAUUUUUUUAAGCUACAGGACAUUUCAUGAGAAUCCUGAGUAUUUGUGCAUUCAAAUCGCUGUGAAUCUCUGGCAGACCCAAACGGCAGGGUCAGACACAGUGAGAUUUCCCAUGUAGCGAGCCCCGCUAUGCAGGCCAGGCUUGGAGAAACAGAACAAUCACGGAAUAAGCGUGUGCAUUAGUUGAUUGCAAUGCUUGUAAGAAAGCUAAUUAUGAUAUUAACUUUCAUCAUGUCCCUAAAGACAUGAGUGUCUGAGAGCUGAAUAGCUUCUAUCUUACCUGCUUCUUCUACAACACCGGCAAUGUUAGACUGCAAGCUAACGCGAAGAGAAAUGUGCAGAGCAGCGCUGGCUCCGCCCACGACUCAGAGGCGAAGAGGUGAAGAAAAGCACUUGAAAAUGACACAGGUGACGUGAUUUUGGCUAAAAAGUUCAUGGUCACAAAUUAAAGACAACUGAUAACACUUUUAGUAGUAAAAAAAAAAACAAUCGGAGUGGGACUUUAAAGUGCUGUAGAGUUUAAAACAACGACUACUGAAAGAUCUGAAUUCUCUACAAGAGGUUGUGCUCUGAUAUGUGUGUUAACAGCUGUCCGGUGCAUCGAAAACAAUCCGGGUGAAUGACUUCAGUCUGCAUUCUGUUGGUGGAUGUCUACUGCCUGUGUUACCGCCUCAUUGACGUGUAAUGGCUGACCUGGCAUGUGUUCUAGGACAGAUGUAUAGCGUUGAUUAGCAUCAAUGACUUCCUGCUGCCCGCUCAUUCAACCAAGCAUGACUCAACCUGUGUUAUCUUAUGGAAGGAUGAAAGACCGGUAGGGCAAUGCUAAGCCCAGACAGUGAUACAGGACAAGGGAGGAGGGGUUGUAAAAAAAGAAAGAAAAAGGAGGGAGGGGGGUGACAUGAAGCGGGAGCGGCAACCUGAGAUGAAACUUGAACAGGUUGGACUUCUGAGCCGCUCAGACUUUGUUUGUAGGGUUAAAGACUGGCUGGUCUAGUCUGAACAGGGUUGGGUUUUAGUCCGUCCAUGAUCAGUGCAGCUAGGUAUCACAUUUGGCCGGCUUUGAGUCCAACAGUUUAGUUAGCAGCUUUGGGUUCUGAUAAGCAUCAUUUUUCUGUACGGUGCCAGAGGUUGCAAAGUCAUCCAAUUAGCAGCAGAAUCGCCAGCUCAGCAAUCUGCCACCCAGCCCCGUGUUACACAAGAGGCUGGCUGGCUGGCUCGAGAGCUGUAAUCUCUUUUUACUCUCUAGACCUGGGAACCCCAGGGAGCACAAAGGAGGCACGGCAGAACAUAUCGUAAAGCCUUUAUCACUGCUGGGCAUCAGUCCCCCCCCCCCCCACCCCCCCCCACUCCCCACUCCACGCCCCACACACACAAGCGUUAUCUGAGAUUUGAACUUCCUGGGCACAAGUCCACACAUAGUCGAGGUAAAAGGUAAUGGUGGCUGGCGUUGGAAGCAGCUCCGCUUGUGAAUUUCAAUUGAGAACGCCGAGCAAAGAAUGUAGGAUUGGUAUAAACAAAACGCUUAUAAUACUCGAGAGGAUGGCAGUGUUAUAUCACAGGUCAGGGCUGCUCGGUUGGCUGAGGCUGAUUCACUCGACUUAAUAUGUUAGAAGAUAGACGGAAAAUUCAUCAGCCCUGGUUUUAAUAGCCAAGUAAUAAUUCUAAUGCUACAAUGACAUGAACUUACUCUCCUUUCUUUCUUUCGCAAAUAUUUGCUUGUUUACUCGGCCCUGUAUUAUAUCACAGUGGGUAUUUUUGGAUGUUGGAGCGACUUAAAGAGCCUCUCUCCUUUUUUUUGUUUUUGUGCAGCAGUGUCUUUCUCUAUUUCUUAACAUUUUCUGGACCAGACAGCAGAUGGAGAAAACCAGCAGCAGAUUCAUACAUCUCUGAUAAGUGGAUUCUGUGACUCAACACAUUCCCCUCACCUCGCCUCACCUCGCCUCACUUAGAGCAUUGACAGUGUCCGUCUGCUAGUAAAUACUUGAGACUUUUUUCCCUGUGAUUGUCAGCUACAGCAGGUGAUAGGAGAGUUUCAUCUCCCUAGUGCCCGUGCUGCUCUCUCUUUCUUUCCUUCCUGCUGUCCUCUCUUGCCUCCUUUUUCUCUUCUGGUAUCUUCUGUAUUCUGCCGGUGUUGUUGUGUAAUGCCUCUCUUCAACUCAGGCAGGCAGCUUCUUCUGUAUUCCUGUUGCAUCGUUCUGCUGCUGGACUGCUGCGUGAGUGUGAGUGUGUGUGUGUUAGUGUGUGUGUGUUGGUGUGUGUCUGCGGAGGGGGGCGGAGAGAGAGAGAGAAAGAGAGAGAGUAUGUUUUGCCUGUGAGUGUGUGUAAGUGUGUGUGUUUGUGUGAGCACACGUGUGUGUAUCAGUCUUGCAGUCCUCUGUUGCUAAGGCAACGCCAGGCACAUGGCUCAGGCAGCUUCGCGGCCCAACACUGCCAGAGUCGUGCUGCAGGAAGCAUCUUCCUCUCUGUAGUGGAGAAAUGCACACACACACACACACACACACACACACACACACACACACACACACUAUCCUCUAUGUAAUAUAGUCAGACAGGCACAUGGAGCGACUCUGAAACACAGUCUAAUAAAUUCUUUCAUCCUCUCAUUUCUCGCCGUUUUCCCUCCCUGACUUGCUGACACACUGUGUGCUGUCUCAGUGCUUCAUUUGAGGCCUGAUCUUAAUUAGUUCAACCUCACUCUUCAGAGGUACCUGUUGAUUCCCGAGGUACAGAAGCAGUUUCCUCUUCACAGUGAAAAUGGUUCAGUCUAGUGGUCAGCUGAUGAUGUUUUUCAAGCUGAUGCUAAAGAUCAGAGAGCAGGAUGGCUGACUGCCGGUAUAGAAAGCCAAUAGAGUACAACAAUUGUUUAAAAAUAGCCAUAAUUUCUUGCACGUUACAAUCAAAUAUACUUAUCAGGGUCAUAAACAUGUUUCAGAAAGAUUUUUGAUUCAUUCACAAAUCGAAAAAUUCUAUUAGGUUACAUUUUUAUUGCAACCUCAACCAUUUUCCGUAUCGUAUUGUAUCUUGGAUCAUUUAUAGAUAUAGAUAGAUAGAUAGAUUAGAUAGAUAAAUAGAUAGACUUUAUUGAUCCCAAACUGGGAAAUUCCCAUGUUACAGCAGUAAUAAAAACACAAAUAAAAUUAAAUAUAAAAAGAAGUAUGUACAAUACAGACUAAAUAUAUACAAUAAAUACAGACUAAAUAUACUAAACAUCCUUAGAGAAAAAAGUGAGAUAUGAAAAAAAGUCGGCUAUCCACUAGUAGUACUAAUAUGAAAUGAGUAAUAAAUGUGAAAUGCAAAAUAUACAGAUGGAAUAGUAAAUAAACAAACAAUUUAAGGUGCUCAGUAAUGUGUUGUGGUUAUUGUUCUGCUACUGCUGCCAAAAAUCACAUUCCAGGUUUGCAUACUUGACAUUUUCUCUCCUUUUAAAGCACUUGUUAAAUUCAAAAUAGAUCUAUAAUGACCCUUAUUAUAAAUGCCCCCUUAAUCUUGCAACUGGAAAUAAGCUUGGUAGAUUCUAUGCCUUAACUGGAAUGCUAGUCUACAUCAAAUAAUGUUGAACGGUAAAUUUCUGAGCUUGCAAUGUUGUUUCAAAACUGUUGUAUUCAUAACUGGCUGCAUGAUUAAAUUGUAUUUUUCAUGGACAGAUUUUCUGUGAACUUUGACACUGUUUGCCACCAUCUGCUUUUGUUUACGUUGCUUUAAUCUUUUAACCUCUGGGGCAUAAAUACUAUGAAGUACUAAUAGGACCCUGCAAAAGCCAACCAAAUGUUUGUUUCAUGUCUGUUAGUUAUAGUAGCUUUCGAUGUUUUUACACCCAAGGGUUUCAUGCUGACAAAAGAGUUGGAGAAAUAUGAUUUGUGUGUGAAAAUACAGUUUUACUUUAUGUGUUCAUUAAAGACUGUACAAUAGUCAACCUGAUACCUGAAACUUAAAAAUGGGACGUGACACUAUCACGGGGUUAUGAAUUCAUAUUCAAGCUUUUAGAGUGCCCCACUGACACCCAGCAACUUCCGUUUCCUUAUCAGGUUACUUUAAGAUCUGAUGGUGUUUUUCUUUGUGCUCUUCAGGCCUGAGGGGAAAAUACUUUGCCACAAAACUUGGAAAACAGAUCAGAAAAGUGUGUUCUUAAAAUCUGAUUUCUGUGUAAACGAGUUAACUGGUUUAAGUAGGUUUCAUUAAUUGUUUGCCUUUAGGUGGCGAAGUUCCACAAGCAAAUCUUUUUUGUGCGUCAUUUCAAGACACACACACUAAAAAAAGAAAACUUGAAGAUCCUUCUUCAUUUCUAACAUUUCCUGUUUUGAUUCAAUGUUGAAAUAUUUAAGUCAUCCUCUAAAACUUUCUCUUCUCUCUUUUUUCUCUUCACCUUCAGGUUGUCGGUUGUUUGGGGAAGGGGAUACACCUGAGGAUGGAUUACCGGUAAGUGAGAACAAACUUUAGGGGGUUUUGAUGAGAGUUUUUCUGUGUUCACGUGAACACAUGGUGUUUUUCUUCAGACUGUGAUUGCUAAAAAUAAACCUGACUACACAGAAACACCACUGGUUACUUUUUAAUUAGUCAUCGUUGUGUUGCAGAGGAGGAAAUUGAUCGAUGUCAUGUCAAAGUGAAACUGGUGUGGGUUUCAAAAGGAAAGAUUUAUCGCUGAACUCUCCUGCCUUAUUAAAUAGGAGGCAGGUCAUAGCUAGAACCUGAGCCAUAUGUCUGAUGUGUCCCACCCAGGCGCUGACACCUGCCUUUGUUUUCUCACAGUUGUUCUUGGAGAUUUACAGGUGUUUAAACCAGUGCCAGCCAGACCCUGAGGUGAAGCUGGGUGUUGGCCAGCUAAUGUGCCAGAGCAGGCUUAGCUGUCUCUAUCAAUCUAACUUGGUAGCUGUCACUCUUCUUACAGUUGUGGCCAAUAAAAUAAUCAUUGCCUCGGGGGCUGUUUGUUCAAAAGGCGGCUUGGUGCGAUAUUUUGUGUUUUUGACGCCCUCCAAACUGAAUGUGUCUCCUCAUGAGCUGGGCUUCUUUUUUUUCCUGACAGGUUGAGAACUGUUAAGGCGCAUUAUGUUAUGAUUAGUCAUAUUUGCUCUAUUUCCUGGCAGUAUCAUUCACAAUUAACAUUUGUGGUUAAAAGUGCCUGCUUCUCUUAAGCAGCUGAGAGCAGCAAGCAAUAUAUAGUUCAGGUCUACACACCUAUGUUUGUUUGUUUAAGAUAGCAGAGUUGUCACAGAAACGUCAAUCACCUGUUCUGGUUGUAAAGUAGGUGAAACGACACCUUUAAGGAGGACGGGCAGUUCUUGUUAAGGUCACUUGCACUGAAUGAUGAGAAAACAAGAAACCACUGCACCGACAGUGGAUUCCAGUCCACGCAUCAGGCCUGGAAUAGAUGCUUCCUUUGUGAAGAGUUUGAUGAACUACUGUUGACACUGUCAGAGAGGUGUGUAUUCAGCGAUGGUCAUUUUUCACACUGUGGCUUGUAGUGUAAACCAGGAUGCAACUUGAAACAUAGAAGAUUAUUGCAAUGGCUGAAAGGUUUGAUUUUUAUUCACUGUAUAAAGAGAUGAAUGGCACACCCCCACCUUAGCCUGCGAAACAAAAGUGAAGUCAAAAUGAAGCUACAAAUUCUGCUAGCAAACAUAAAAACACUUUGACCUGUCAAAAAUGGAGGAAAUUCCUCAGGACCGCACGGUUGGGUCCGUUCAGAGGGGACACUCGGCUAGAGACAGUUUAAAGACUCUGAAGCUAGUUUUUGUUAAAUAUUUUUUUUUCAUGUUUCUUCCUUUUCUCGUUGAAUCUGGUGCACACAGAGCUGUCAGUCAUGGUGUUAACAUGACAGUAUAUAUGACCUGCAGGACGUGAUAUUGUCACUACUUCCUUGUUGUCCAAGAUUAACCUGUGAGUAAGGUGACCAUAUUCUGACUUCCCGAAAAGAGGACACGACUACACGGGGGUGGAGUCACGUAGUCACAUGAAAUUAAUUUGAGAGUUUUUCGGGUCAGAUCGAGUAUCUUAGAUGCGCUUCUAAUUCAGUGAGCCUAGGUGACACAAAAUCGAAACUCGAAAGGUACAGAACUGUGACAUUUGAAGGAUGUUAUGAACUUUCCCUGACAAAGCCGGACAAACCUGGACAGCCCGGACACCCCCCUAAAAAGAGGACAUGUCCGGGUAAAGUCACCGAGUCGCAGGAAGUUAAUUUUGAGAGUUUUUCGGGUUGGAUCGAGUGUCUUUUACGCGCUUCUAACUCAGUAAAUCCACGUGACACAGAAUUGAAACUUGCGUACAAAAUCGCGGACAUUUCAAAGGACUUUUUAAACUUCCCUGGACAAAGCUGGACAAACCUGGACAGCCCCCAAAAAGAGGACAUGUCCGGGUAAAAGAAGACAUACGGUCACCCUACCUGUGAGUCACUGCAGCCCCUCAUUGAAACACAUAAAGAAAGUAGCCCAACUUUAUACUGCAGCGAGUCUGUAGAGGGAGCUCAAAAUGUGUUGUCUUCACUUCUGGGGAGCUGUCAUGUCAUCCACCCUUUAAAACACUCCGCGCUUGUCAUCACCUCUGACCCACCUGACGUCUUAAAUCCUGCAUGUUGGUGAAGUGGAAGAAGAGUGUAGGAGCGACAGCUGCCUUCCUCUUCCUGUGGCGAAGUUCCUCUUUAAGGAAUCAGUCUGAACAUACAGGAAAUCCAAUGGCACCACUGUUGCUAGGCAGCAGCGGGGGGUGCAUCUAGAGGUGGGUAGAAGAGGGUGUUCACAAAGUUCAGUGAGUGAGCCACCGAGGGUGUCACCAUGGUGAUUUGGCAUCCGAAUGUUGCGGUCGGAGACCUGGGCUACAUAGAAAGAGAAGUGAAGCAGCAGAGAACUAGCAAAUACCACCGCACAAAAAGGUGUGAUAGACUCUCUCUAUCAUAGAGUCACAACCGCAGCCCCCUCAGAAACAGGAGACCUUUACCUUUUUGAGAUUCUUGCGUCUCAUCAGCAUGUAAGGUCACCAUCAAGCCUUGUUAGGAUUCAGACAUCUUUGAUAAAGGAAUUCACGUCAGCCUCGCAUUGCUGAAAACAUCGGUGUGUGCUCAAGCUCGCCUGCUCUCAAGCCUGUGUGUGUGCACGUCUGCAUGUGUGUGUGUGUGUCAUUGUACGUGCACUCAAGAUGGACCUCUUCACCCACAUCCUGCCCACCGAGGCUCAACACCCUCUUGUUUGCCCUUCACAAGCUCACCACAUUCUUCCUCUCACUCAGAAACACACACACACUCACAAACAUGACAUGCACAUGCAACUCAUUUCACCCAUAUAAAAAGACGUGGUUGCACAAACGCCCCACUCAGCUGUGAUGACCCACUGCCAAGAAUUAUACCGUACCACCACAGUCCUUCCGCAAGUACAAAGUGGAUGUUUUAUUUUUUUCCCUGAAUGCCACAAGAAAACAUCCGCAUCUAAUUUAGCACUGACAGGAAGUUUUCUCUUAUCAGUUUAGUGCACCAGGGUUUUGUUGACCAGAGGACUUGAACAGCCUCACUUACAGAACAGAAACACACAGGCUGCUUUGUUGUGUGCUAAUAUACUUUAUAUUUAUACGCUAAUAAAAGAAACAAGAGGAGAGGGGGUGAAAUCAAACUGUUCGGUUCAGCAGUGCUUCUUGGAGGGUUGAGCCAAGACAGCUGUUUUGCCAUGUUUCUAGUUUUCAUUGUAGCUACACAUGUAAUGCUUUACAUAUAGAAGAAUGCGGUCAUUGUUUUUCUCAAUUCAUACAGAGCAGCAACAUUAAAAGCACAUUUCUGAAGUUAUGCAACUGUUCUUUCAAUCUUACCGACACCAUGAAGUCUGUGAAGUUCCAGUGAGACUUACUAAACCUGUGAGGGCCAAGCAAACCAGUGCUCCUGUUUCUAUGUUUCAUGCUAAGCUAGAGUGGAGUGUCUCAGGAGUCCUGGUAAUGAAGCUAACGGACGUAUAUAUACUUUAAACAGAGAGGAAGAGUAGAUAAAGCAGGAAAUCAAGACAGAGAAAGAAAAAGAGAGAGAGAGAGAGAGAGAGGAGGGAUAUGCCAGAAGGGGCUGCAGACAGGACUGUAACCUCUGUACAUGAGGUGUCCCAAAAACGACACACACCACGUUCCUCAACUUGGCAACUCAUUCGCUGAAGAGGCCCACAAGAAGAAGCCUUAAACCCUUUGUGGCUCUUGGGACAAAGUCGGUGAACACCAUUCAGGAUUUGGCUCACUUAAGCCAAGCCCUAUUUCUGAAGUGUGAUAAAAACAUGUAAACAGACAUGAACCAUCGAACGCCUGCACAUGCUCGUCAUCUUUGCUCUCGUCCUCUGUGUGUGGCUGCGCUCCAGCAUGUUCUGUGUGUUUUCAGUAUGUAGGUUGACCCCAGAUCUCCCUGUCCUCAGCCCCAGCACCUUUGAGGGCGGAAGUGCAUGGGUCCCUGAUGUCGGUUUGGUGCCCCAGGUUGCUCCUCUCCUCUCCUCUCCUCUCCUCUCUCCUCUCUCCUGGGUCAGCUCAGCUUCAGAUUGGCCCCCACGCAUGCCUUUGAAUGGUGGGGCUUAGGCAAGCGCUUUAAAAGGAAGCCCAAGUCUGUUUCCCAUUUCAGCCCCCCACCACCCCACCCCUCACUCCUUUCUUUCUUUCUCUCACAUACACACACAGCUGUCAUCUGGCUUUUUAAGUUCUGUGCUGCAUUUCUCCAGCUGGAGCUGCUUUAUGACAUUCCCUCGGCAGACUCUUUGGCCUCUCUCUCUCUCUCUCUCUUUCUCUCUCUCUCACACACACACACACGACUACAACACAAAGUCAUUUUUUCCUGUUCUGUUCUUUCUCCUCUCUUCCCUCACUGUCUCCUGUUCCUCACAUUCUCCUCUAGAUGUGUGUUACACUACUCUGAAUGUUUGGAGGCACACACACACACACACACACACACACACACACACACACACACACACACACACACACACACACACACACACACACACACACACCAUGUGUUAGCAGUCUUGGGUUUGAGGGGGGGCAAGGAAAGGAGAGAGAGGGAAAAAAAGAGAAAGAGGGAAAAAAAGAAGUCAAAGGAAGCAUCUCUUAGCAACCACAGGACAGUAAUUACUGUAGCAGCAGCUGGGAGCAAACCAGAUUUCCGCUGUGCGUUAAAGCACUGGCGUGGGCUACUUUACACACGGCACUGACUAACCAGAGCCAGCAGCCUCCUCCACACGCAGAGCAGAGAGAGAGAGAGAGAGAGAGAGAGAGGGAGGAAGAAGGAGAAGAGAGGAAGACUAACCCUGCCUUGAUAAGUCGGGGUGUGUGUGGGAAAAGAGGGACAGCUAGCCAGUGUGUACAAGGCUGGAAUAUGUUUGGAUCGAAACCUCUAUGUGUGAAAAAAAAAUCAGGCCUGUCCGUGUUUGUUGUUUGUGGUUUUAGUGAGACAUAACUUGAAUGAUUUUGAAACACGUUUUCCUGCAUUCAUAAGCACAACUCAAACUUCAACACUUCAAACUUAAUAAAUCAUCAUUACAUUUUAUAUGCUGCGUUUGUGAGAUAUUGAAACUGUUGCAACUCUUGGUGUCACUGCUGACUUUUCCUCGUCACGUCUACACACAUAAAUCAUGAAUCGCUUUGACUUGAGUUUUCUGUUGCCACGACUACUAAAAUGUAGGUGUUUUUCCACUUGAUGCAUCUAUGAAAUCAGCACAUAGUCGUAUUUCCUGCUCAUGUUUUUAUGUAUAUCUAUAUAUGAUGCUGGCCUCUGCAUACACAAGAUGUUAUUUAUAGACGUCUCAUUCUGUUUGAAACCAACACCAAGCUUCCCAUUUCAAAUUUUGAGAUGAGAUAAAUAACCACCCGCGUGCUCUCUGCCUGCUUCUUUUAUUUUUUUUAUUUUUUUAGACAGGCCAUGUUUGCAGAUUUUGCAUCAGUUAAAAUGUUUGUGGGAACAGAAGCAAGGCUGAUGGGAACUGUGAGUUCUUAACAGAAGGGCCUUGAGUCAUCACCACACAGCACAGUCAUUUGGACAGAGUGUGGGUGCAGGUCGCCCUCUGAUGGAUACAAGAUGAACAGACACAGCCUACACACCCUGAGUCAAAACAGCUGUGGUCAGAAAACUGAAUUGACCAAAACUAUCAGGAUUUCUGAGUGUAACAGUGGCAUGAAAUAAGAGAAUGGCAGACGCUGAGUGCUACAACUGCUAAUUUUAAUUUCAUUAGAUUUAAAGGAGAAGAAUAGUUGAUUUUCACUGUCGAUAAGUGAUACAAAGUACUUCCCAUAUCCCCUAAAAUACCAAUCAAUGUCAUAUUUUCCACCACCUACACCCACUACAGCUUCAACAAGAAGAAUCAACACCUGUUUGACCAUGUUGAUAAAACUUAAAAAUACAACUCUGUAAAAGUCAAGUUGAUGUCGGUGCGUAGGUCACACCCUUCUUCUCCAUCAAACUUACCUUCUUGUUUCUGUCUUUCCUCAGGCGUGUGAUGAGCCUCCCUCCAUCUGCACCCCGAUGAAAGAGCCCUUCUCUCCUCUGAACAACGUCGUCUCCACCGAGCCGUUCAGAGGCUGCUACGUCCGCGCGCAACCCUUCGACGAGUUCCCUUCGAGCAACCGCCGCUACCUGCCUCCACAGGUCUGAAGGAUAAGUCAGACAUGAUCAGCGUUUGGUUAUUGUGGCAGUACAAAGUCCUGAGUACAUUUACUCCCGGUGUGUAUUUACUACAACUGAUUCCCACUUUCUUUUCCUUUUGAAGGUCUCCUUUAAAUCGUCUCGCCAUGUCAGUUUUCGUAUGGAUGAAGAGGAGAUCGUUCGCAUCAACCCACGCAAAGACGUGCUCAUCCGAGGCUAUGAGGACUACCGCCACCCUGUCAUGUGGAAACAGGAGGCUGACCGCGAGGACCUGGACUUUCCCUCCACUUUCCACAAACUGGACAGUAAGAAGUGUGAGUACCUCUUCCCUGACGGCCCUGGUGGGGACUCCCACUCUGGCCCUGGAAUGGGCAUUGGAACAGGAAUGGGGCUGGGUCUGGGCAAAGACUCGGCCAUCAAAACUCAGCCUUCACCCGUGCUUAAGUCCAAGAAGGGCAGGCGGCGACGAGAGGACGGCGAGCGUUCGCGUUGCAUUUACUGUCGAGAGAUGUUCAACCACGAAGACAACUGGCGGGGGCAGUGCCAAGACGCCCCCGACCCCAUCAAGCAGUGCAUCUACAAAGUCAGCUGCAUGCUGUGUGCCGAGAGCAUGCUGUACCACUGCAUGUCAGACUCCGAGGGCGACUUCUCGGACCCCUGCUCAUGUGACACAUCUGACGAGCAGUUCUGCCUGCGCUGGCUGGCCCUGGUGGCGCUUUCUUUCAUUGCGCCCUGCAUGUGCUGCUACCUGCCUCUGCGCGCCUGCCACCACUGUGGCGAGGCUUGCCGCUGCUGCGGAGGCAAGCACAAGGCUGCGGGGUGACCCGACGCCGGACUCUGGGACACCCUCAAAGCUAGCUAACACAGGAAGUGGAUACAAGCGGAAAAUUAAAAAGCCGGCAUCCUUUUUUCAUUCCCUCUCAGACGGGGUGAAAUGUUGUUGAUCCCCAGCUCUGAGGGCUUUUGGAGAUUUCAGUUUGCGUUUGUCGCCGACAAGCAGCAGCGGAGGACAAACCAUAUGCUUUGUGGGGGCUCUGAGCAACAAGCUAAGUUCAGGAGCUUAAUCUGAGGAGAAGGGGAGUCAAGAUAAAUAGACUUGGAGAUGUUACUAAACACACCUGUACACACAUACACACACCACUCUUUCACUGUCACACUCAUGCAUUGACAAAGCCAGGCCACAAAUGUCAGAACUGUACUACAAGUCAUGUGUAACUUUAUGAAGGAAAAUUGUGUUUUGUACAGAGAGCGACAACUUAACCACGACACAAAAAAGAAAAACAAACUAUUCGCAUUCAGAAAAUUCUUGCUGUUUGAGUAUGCUAAAAGGGAUAUGUUCUUGCUUUUUUUGUGAUUUUUGCAGUUGGGUAACAGUGGCCUUUCCUUCAUGGCUUAAGUAUUUGCUGACAAUGUAAUUACUAGACAGAGAAAAGUGCACUCAAAUGGUUCUUUUCCCCCCCAGGAGUAAAGUAACCUCUCUCAAAUUCUUGUGGUGCUUCGACCACCACAUGAAGUGUAAUUUAAACAUUUGAAAGAUGUUGUUGAGGUGGAUGUAUGGCCAAUUCCUUUUUUUUCCUUUCCGUUGAAUGUUGAAAAGAAAAUCACAAAGUAACAGCUUGAUUUUGAAGGUACAGCCUGGUAUAGUUAUUGACAUUAAUUUUGAGUUUGUUCAAACUGCAUUCCAAAGUAAAGGGAUUUAUUCCAUGAUUACAAGGGAAAAAUGUGUCACGCUGAAUUCCCCCAAAUAUUUUCCACAUCAUGAAAAUAGCAUUAGUACUUCUGGACCAUUGAAACCGAGACAAAUACGAUUACAUUACCCCCAGAGAAUUUGAUUUUUAGCUCAGUUAUUUACUGCUGUAGUGAAAUUGGUGUAUUUGUUUCUUCAUCGUUAUUUUCCUGCUCAUUUUUAUAAUUAUUAAGAAAAAAAAGAAUGAAAUGUUGCUCAACCAGCAAGUUUUGUUUUGGUGAGUGAAGGAGUCACAAUGCUCCUUGGUUUAAUGAUGAGGCACUUAAAUUAGGCUGGACUUCGAAUGAGAAACCCUCAGAUUUAAAGUCAGUCCCUACAGAAAUUGGACUUAAUUUAGCAUCCAGUUUGGCAUGGAAACAAAAACACUUCAAAGCACUGCUCUCCAAGCUUUGGUUGCUGCACCCUCUCCAAAUUUCUGUUUGUCCCAUGACUCAGUUAUUUUCUUGAUGUUUUUUUCCUUUCAUAUCUUGUGUAAAUGUAGUUUUUUUUUUUUUUUUGCUUUUGCUGAAAAGUCCACUCCUUCCUUUUGUCUUCAUGUAACAGGCCCUGAAUGAACGAGUGAAUGAUGCAUUGUGUGGGAAAAGCUAAGUAUCUUAGCUUUUAUUAGGUACACAGAUGUUAUGUAUGUGUAUGAGCGUGUGUGUGUGUGUGUGUGUUUGAGUGCGUGUGUGUGUGCAUGCAUAUAUCUUAAUAUGCACUGUAAUUGAUGUCAUUUGAUGUUACCACUGACUUUAUGAUUAAGGCUUUGACUCCUAACAGUUUAGAUGUCCUGUUUCCCAAAGAGUGAUCAAAAGGAGGAUUAGUUUUAAAGGAGUAGUUUGAUGUUUUGGAAAAUUCAUUUCAAUUGUUUUGAUUUGUUGAAGUAAAAGUAUAGAAAGAAUUUGACACAUUCGUCUGGAGAUGGUGGAAAAGCUGAUCGAUAUGACAUGUCACAUGAUGAGCUUUAACAGCGUCUGCAGGUGAUCUCUGUUACCUUCAGAAUGGCGCUGUUUUAAUCGUUUCCAGUGUUAAUGCCAAGCUAAACUAAACUAACAGGUGCUUUGGAUUAAACGCAUAGAUCUAAAGGUGGCAGUAAUCUCAACAAAUGAUCCUGAAGUGUCAAACUACUCCUUUACAAUCCUUUAGGAAACAGGAACUAGGCAGUGUGUACACCCAAGUCUAAAAAUGUCCAAUUGAACCCCAAACAUAGAACUAUUUCUCAGUCCAAACUCCUCAGAGUAACAAAAGUCCAACCUGGAUGUUUGGCUGCAUAACUGAAAUAACCCCUCGUGUUUUGAAACUACCGCUUAUUGUGAUUCCCUUUCAUAGCAGAUUUGGUACCCUCUGCUAAUGGAUACUCAAACAGACACUAAUCUGUCCUCAUCUCCAGGCACUCCUGAUAAAGAAAAAAAUAACCAACUUACACAACUUGAGAUCACAGAAGAAAUUUUCCCAACUCCUCCCCGACCGAGGCUCCUUUUACUUUCUAUGCAAACCUUCUUACGUGGAAAACACAUUGACCUCUUUGCAGACUGAGUCAGCGACAGGACGGCACACAUUUUAGACGACAGACCCCUGGUACCAAACUCCAAUGUAAAUACUUAACACUAUAUUUAAGUUCUGAUAAUAAUCCCUGCUUUUUUGUCUCUGAAAUUUUAAAGAUAGAGCUGUAUUUAUCGUUGCUGUCAGCAUAUACUGUAGCUUCAAUUGACAGCAUUAUGUACAUAGGUCACCUUUUAGUAUUAUUUCACAUUGAAAAGUAGAGGGCGUUUGUGAUGGAAAUGACUAUUGAGCUUCUAAUAGAGUUUCUCUCUAGUUUUGUACGGUAGAAGGAAGAAUAGUGCUAACACGGUACAGUAGUGGCAGUCCACUUGUUUCAAAAGUUUGAUAUAUAUAAAUAUAUAUAUACAUACAUACGUACAUAUAAAGCUGCUAGAUACAAUCACUAAUUUUAUUGUGUUGACAGAGAAAAUCAGCUAUGAACGACUGUUAAACCCUAAUUCUCCAACAGCUUAUAACCAUGAUGGUGAGUUUUUAAAGGUUUGAAUGCUCUGUGUGAUGAAGAAUGUGUACAUGUGGGCGCGUGAGAUUUACAAUAUAUGUAUGUUUUUGUGUGUGUGUGCGUGGGUACGCUAUGUAUGUGUGCGUGCGGGGUUGGUGUGUAACCAAAUGUUUGGUUGCUUCUCAUAUUCUCCCAUCGUAAUUGGAUUUUUCUGCAUUAUUGCAAGCUGAACCAAGGUUUGAUGAACCUGAUUAAAACUUGCUGGCUGAGAAGCAAAAUGUAGGACGUGCAUUUAUACAAAGUGUAGAGAAUGCUGAAAUAACACUUCUCAUUCUGCAUUAACCAGCACAGUGCAACUUCCUGUCAUGUACUGUAUUAUAUAUGCAACAUGUGUCUGUCUGCUUUAAUAUAUAUAUAUUUUUUUGACCUGCAUUACAUAAGACUUCAGUUUUAACCACUUUGCUGCUAGUCUUUUAUCCUCUUUCAAUCUUGGAAAAUUGUGCAUAUCUUUGGGAAUGCAUACAAGUGUACAUUCUUGACAUUGUGUAGAUUAAAAAAAGAAAAAAGCUAUAUAAACCUGUUUCUCUUCAGUGUAUUGUUUUAAAAAGGUUACUUUUCACAGCAGUUGAGUGGUUAUGUUUCAAUUUUCCGAUGCUUUGGUGCACUGAUGAUACUAUAUGUAAGCUUUUUUUCAUCUUACAGCGCUUGAUGUAACAUUUAUGUGAUUAGUUCUAAAUAGUGGAAGACAUUUGUGUUUUGAAACUUGCAGUAUAAAUGGUACUACUCUUAACUAUUCUGUAAACACUGCCUGUUUUCUUUUUCUUUCACUCUCUCUUUGUGCAUAUUUCUUUCCUGUGCAUCUUCUUUUUUUUUUUUCUUAGUGCCAUCAGCUUUCACAUCCUGACAACCUCAAAAAAGUGCCUCACGUCCAUCCUAGUUUCCAUUUUAUAAUUUAACGUCUCUCAUUCUGAUUUUAUCGGUUUCUACACGUCUAGGUAUUUCCUCUCAUGGUUUGAGAAUACCAAGUAUAUGAUGUAAAAUUUAUAGUCCCAAUAACUCAUGUCAUAGUUGUAUUUUCUUUAUACAGAUGUAGCUCGUUACUUUUCAUAAAUAUAUAAUGUAAAUAUGCAUACAUAUGUUUGUAACUGUUUUUAUGUUACAUCAUACACUUGUAAUUUGACAUAUCAAAUAACAUUAUCAUAAUAAAAUGGUGAGUUUUAAUCUUUUGCUGUGCGGCUUUCACUGUGUUUCAUUUGAACAAGCAAGGAUUAAAAAAAUAAAAAGGUUGGACUUGA